CAUAUAUCAUCAAUUACAGAAUCAUGGCUACUGAUAUCGACACUCUUGUUAGCAUGGGAUUUUCCCGCGGAAAAGUGCAGAAAGCUUGGAAGGCAACCAAAGGAGCUGGACUUCAGCCUGCUAUGGAUUGGAUUCUUGAACAUCCAGAAGUUUCUGAUGAGCCAGACGUUGAAGAAUCCUCUACUGGACAAUCACUAAAUACCACUACUUCUACUACCGACGCGUCGACCGAUACCCCUACUGAGAAUGAAGAAGGUGAAAUCUUUAAUGGUGAACAGACUGCUCACAGUUUGAUUUGUAAUGACUGCCAAAAGUUAUUCCGGGAUUCUACUGCUGCAGAGAGACACGCCAUCAGAACACAGCACCAAAACUUCUCUGAGAGUACUGAAGUCAUUGCACCUCUGAGUGAGGAAGAAAAAAAGCAAAAAUUGGCAGAGUUAAAGGCUCGCCUGGCUGAGAAGCGUGCAUUAAAGGCACAGGAAGAAGAAGCCGAGCGUAAACAGGCUGAAAAGAUCCGUCGCAAGGCUGGACAGGACUUGAGUGAAGUUAAACAGCAAUUGGAAGCCAAGGAAAUCAAAAAGGCCUUUGAUCUGAAGCGCAAAGAAAAGGAGGAUGACAAAAAGGCAUUGGCCAAGAUCAAGGCUCAGAUUGAGGCUGACAAGAGAGACAGAGCUGCAAAGAAAGAAGCUGCUAAGAAUGGAACACCUAUUCCAGCAGUGGCCGCUCCAGAAGUGGCUACUCCAGUAGCCGCGUCUGCACCAGCUGCCAAAAAAGAAUACACAGAGGCUAGAUUACAGAUUCGUGUGCCUGGUAUCUCUCCAUUGACAAGCAACUUCCCUGCUGAUGCCACACUUUCAAGUGUCCAAACUUAUCUUCAAUCCAAUGGAUGUGUCAAUAACUUUACACUGUCUACCACAUUCCCCAGAAAAACAUUCGGUACUGACGAUCUCAACAAAUCACUCAAAGAAUUGGGGUUGGUUCCAUCUUCUGCGCUUGUCUUGACCUAUAUUUGAAAUAGACAAAUCUAUCUACAUAUAUAACACCCACAUACAGCCUAAUGAAGAAAGAAAGACCUUUUGUGUUUUUUGUGGGCGUGUAUUUAGGUGAGGAAAUGUGCAGAUUUUUAUUGGCUUGAUAAGAAUAGUAUGAAGAUAUAGAGUUUUUGGCCAAUUUUACCAUUUGGCAAAAGAAAGAAAUUUUCCUUCUAGUGUAAUUUUGACACGGUCUCCUUUAGGAUGUGGCACCUAUAUAAUAUAUAUAUAUUUUGGGUUUCAUUUAUUAAAUGAUUAGAUACUGAAUUGAAU